AUGAGUUUAUAAGAAUAGCUUCUUAAUGUGAUCCAUGGUGUGUUCUCGCCAGAUAAUGCCACCAGAUAAAAGGCAGAGGAGUUACUAGCCUAAUAUAGAGAUUCUUAGCCAAGUGAAUUUGUCACUGCAAUGCUCCAUCUAUGCAGACAUGAAGAAUUAAAAAUCAGAUAGUUUGCUCCAGUGUACUUGAGAAACUCACUCAGUAACUAUUCCCCCAAAAGUCAUAAAAAUGUAUGGAGCCUUCUUGCUCCUGAGACCUAGGAGAUAGUUAAAGUGUCAUUGUUCUAAUUGUUGGAACUCGAAACAAGUUCGAAUGUGAGAAGCCAAUUGUGUGACACAAUAGGAGAACUAGGAGGAUCACUCUUUGAAGAUGAAACCAAAAAUUCUUGGCCCAAUCUCUUAUAAACCUUGUGGUAAUUGUUCUUGUCCCCAAAAAAUGACUUGAUUGAAUGUGGAUUCAAGAUCUUAGCUAAUCUUUUCACCUACGCAAUUGAUCUAUUCAAUAAGCAUUAAGCAGAUCUUCACACUUUGUUCAUCUAAGGUCUUGCUAGUUAAGAUCAAAAGAUUAAAACAGCCACAAUCUAAGCAAUUGGUAAUUAUGUAACAACAUCUGAACCCAAGUAAUACAGAGUAUUCCAAGAUCUCAUCCCCAAUCUAAUGUAAUCAGCAUUGUCUGUCACAAUCGCAGAUCAAUCUUUGGGUGAAGACAUCAUGGAAACCUUCUCUGAAAUCGUAGAUGCCGAGCCAAAAUUCUUUAGAAAGCAAAUCAACGUAUUUUUCAAUGGAAUUGCAGCCAUCUUCAGAGAAUCGUAAAUUGAAUAAGGAUUAAAGAGAAUCGGAACAGAAACCUUGAUAAGUUUAGCUGAGAAAUUCCCAAGAGUCUUUAAACAAGACAAAUAAUACCUCAGUCAAUUGGUAGAGAUGAUCUUCUUCCACAUGAUCCAAAUAAGCUAAACAGUAUCAGAAGAAUGGAUGAAACCAGCUGAAGGAUUCAACGAUGAUAUCCAACAAGACGAAGAUUGUGAAACCACAAGAUUCGGUAUGUCUUCAAUUGAUAGACUGAUCGAAUCUAUUGGUGAUAAGGAGAUGUUACCAGUAUUAAGUCCAAUUGUUAAUUAAUUAUUACAACAUUAAGAUUGGAGAUAUAAAUAUGCUGCCAUUUUGGCAUUAUCAUAAGUUGGUGAAUACAUCGAGGAAGUGGCUGAAGUCAAACCAAUCAUUGAUUUAGUGUCUCCCAUGUUGGGUGACUCAAAUCCUAUGAUUAGAUAUGCAGUUUGUCAUGCCAUUGGUCAAAUAGCUGAUGACAUGAAGCCUAAAUUCUAGGAAAGCUACUUGCAUCUCAUAGUGCCCUAAUUCUUAACCAGAUUGUAAGUUGAAGAUGUUCCAAGAGUCACAUCCCACAUUUUGGCUGCCUUAACCAAUUUUGUCGAAGGAACUGAAAAGGGAAUCGAAUCAUACUUGCAAAACCUCAUCCAAUUGACAAUCCAAUAUUUGAACAAUGGAAUUUCAAUUGUCAAGGAGAAUGCCAUGAGUACUUUGGCUGCUACAGCUGAAUCUAGCAAAUAAUAAUUCCUUCCUUACGUUAAUGAGAUCGUUCCAUUGUUAUUCUAGGUGUUCUUGAAUCAUCAAAACAAGGAAUAUAGAUAAUUGAAGGGAUAGACAAUAGAGACCAUCACCUUGAUAGCCUCAGCUGUUGGUUAAGCCUCAUUUUAACCAUUUUUGGCUGAAACAGUCAGAAUUUUGAUCCAAGUUCAAACAAGUCAAUUGGAAGCCGUUGAUCCUCAAAAAUCAUACGUUCUCUCUGGAUGGUAGAGAUUGGCUUUGGUUUGUCCUCAAUAAAUCGCAGUUUACUUGCCUGAAAUCAUCCCAUCAUUGUUCCAAUUGGUUCAAUAAGUAUUCAAAGUACACACAGGAACUGCUGAUGAAGAAUUCCACACUUAUGAUAAUGAAGAAGCUGAAGUGGCCAUUCAUAUGUUAUCUGUGUUCAUUGAAGAAUUGAAAGAAUCAUUCUUCCCUUACUUUGAUUCAUGCACUCAAUUGAUCGUGCCUCUCUGCAAUUUCAAUACCGACGAAAACAUUAGAAGUGCUGCCUGCAAAUGUUUAGUUAGUCUCAUUGAAAAUGUCAAAGCUACAAACAAUGUUUAACAAUUGGUCAAUGGAGCUAAAUACUUCUUGGGAAUCAUCUUGGAAGCUGCUGAAAAAGAAUUCGAUCCCAUGGUCAUCAUUGAAUAAGUCGAUUGCAUCAAAGAAAUCAUUGACAUCGUUGGACAACCAUUCAUGACAACCGACGAGGUCACUUAACUUUCAGACAAAGUCUUUAAAUUGUUGUUGGAAUCAGACAAGAGAAAGGCUGAGAAUGAGAAGAUGUCUAAGGAAGAAGAUGUUGACGAAGACGAAAAGACUGUCAUCAAAGAGGAAACAGAAACUGAAGAAGAACUCCAUGUUAAAAUUGCUGAAUGCAUUGGAUCCAUCUUCAAGACUCACAAAGAUUAAGUCUAACCAUUAUAUGAAGUCAUUUGCAAUCAAAUCUUACCCAAAGUCUUGGACCCAACCUAAUCUCCAAAAAUGCACCAAUUUGGUAUCUUCCUCAUUGAUGACAUGGUCGAAUAUUUGGGAUACCCAUAUGUCUAAGGCAAACUCAAUGAUUUCGCUCAAGCCCUGACAGUUUAUGCUGUUGAUAAGGUUUGCUUUGUCAGAUAGGCUGCCGUCUAUGGAAUUGGUAUCAUGGCCCUCAACACACCAGAGUAAUUGUACAUCAAUGUUGCUCCCAUGUUAUCCAAAGCCCUUGUCGAUUCCUUAAAGGUCGAAAAGAACCAAGACGACACAGAAAAAUAACAUGGACAUGCCAGAGACAAUUCGAUCGCUGCCUUAGGAAAAAUCAUCAAAUAUCAAUCAAAAUCCUUAGGAGGUGAUCUUGCCUAAGGACUUCAAACUUGGCUACAUUUAUUACCUCUCAAAUAUGAUAAACCAGAAGCUCGUCUUCAACACGAAUAAUUGGCAGACUUUGUCAUUGCAGAUUGCAAUCAAUUGGUAAAUGGAAAACCAGAAAAUGCUUUACAAAUUCUCAAAGUAUUUGCUAAUUCCUACAAGACAAAGAGAUCUAGUGAAGCUAUUGAUACAAAGAUUUCAAGUGCCUUGAAAGUAUUUGAACAAACCCAAGGACAAAAUGUUUAAGCUAUCUUUGGAAUGUUAAGUCAAGAAGAGUAGAAGAAGCUCUUGGAAGUAUCAAAAUGAUCAGUAUUGUGUAUUCUAACUCAUAAAUUAAAAAAUUUAUCAAAAA